GCCCCAACUCUGACCCGCGCCGGGGGGGGUGGGCCAUGGCGGAGAUCAGCGACCUGGACCGGCAGAUCGAGCAGCUACGGCGCUGCGAGCUCAUCAAGGAGAGCGAAGUCAAGGCCCUGUGUGCUAAGGCCAGUUAUUGGCGGACACAACAUCUUUGUUUGUAUGUGGUGCUGAGGAUCGAACCCGGGCCGCACGCAUGGCAGGCGAGCGCGCUACCACUUGAGCCACAUCCCCAGCCCAUGAAAUGAUCUUAAUCCCAACAACAACCCUUUAAAAGAGGUGGUUUUGUCCCCGUUUUACAAGUGAAGACUUUGAUGUUCAAUGUUUCCAGGAAGUGUGGAAUGGAGUCUGAAGCUAUUUUGUGUCCUGACAUUUUCCAGGCCAUAUGCAGUAAGGUGGAGUUGGAUCAGUCUCAUGCUUAAUCUAGGAGAGAGAUCUUGGUAGAGGAGAGCAAUGUGCAGAGGGUGGACUCCCCAGUCACCGUGUGCGGCGACAUCCAUGGACAAUUCUAUGACCUCAAGGAGCUAUUCAGAGUGGGUGGCGAUGUCCCUGAGACCAACUACCUCUUUAUGGGGGACUUUGUGGACCGUGGCUUCUACAGUGUUGAAACCUUCCUUCUACUCCUGGCACUUAAGGUUCGCUAUCCUGACCGCAUCACCCUGAUCCGGGGCAACCAUGAGAGCCGGCAGAUCACGCAGGUCUAUGGCUUCUAUGAUGAGUGCCUACGCAAAUAUGGUUCGGUGACUGUGUGGCGCUACUGCACUGAGAUCUUUGACUACCUCAGCCUGUCAGCCAUCAUUGAUGGCAAGAUCUUCUGUGUGCACGGGGGCCUCUCCCCCUCCAUCCAGACUCUGGACCAGAUCCGGACAAUUGAUCGAAAGCAGGAAGUGCCACAUGAUGGACCCAUGUGUGACCUCCUCUGGUCUGACCCUGAAGACACAACAGGCUGGGGUGUGAGCCCCCGUGGAGCCGGCUACCUGUUUGGCAGUGACGUGGUGGCCCAGUUCAACGCAGCCAAUGACAUUGAUAUGAUCUGCCGUGCCCACCAGCUAGUGAUGGAAGGUUACAAGUGGCACUUCAAUGAGACCGUGCUCACUGUGUGGUCAGCACCCAACUACUGCUACCGCUGUGGCAAUGUGGCAGCCAUCUUGGAGCUGGAUGAGCAUCUCCAGAAAGAUUUCAUCAUCUUUGAGGCUGCUCCCCAGGAGACACGGGGCAUCCCCUCCAAGAAGCCGGUGGCCGACUACUUCCUGUGACCCUUCGGCCCUGCCCCCUCCAACUUUUUUGGCCCUUGGACCACUGUGACUCUGCCCUCUCCCCAGUCGGAGGCUGGGCAAGGAGGGGCUGUCCCCAGCUCUGCUCUUCCCCCAAGAGGGCGUUUCAAGGGUGAGGACUUUCUCUGGAGAGGUUUGGAGCCUUAGCUCCAUGCUCCUCCUCUCCUUUCUCCCCACUUGAACCAUGAAGUUUCCAGUAUUUUUUUUUUCUUUUUUCCUUUUUUUUGGUUUGUUUUUAGAUAAAAGUUUUGAGAAAAAAAAGAAAAAAAAUUCUAAUAAAAGAAGAAAAAUG